UUUCGAAUCGUCUGGAGAAUAACUUCAUUAAUUAAUUAAUUUUAGUAAACGAAUGUGAUAAUAUUGUUGUAAAAAUUUUCUGUUGGCACAAAACAGCUUUAAAAUUUCACAAGUGCGAAUUCAAUUGGAUCAGAUCAAUCGCUAAAUUUUAGUAACCCACAAAAGCCACCACUUUGACUGUCUGAAGAGGCAGCCUUGGAGCAGAUGAACAAAAAAUCAAUGGAGGCGACUGGCAACGACUCGGAGCUGGCUAAGAGUGAGGAGCUGCCGCGGAAGGAUAACGAGCAUCAUGGCGAUGGGCAAGGAGACGUAGAACUGGCUCUCAACGAGGUGGAUGAGACCGAUCCCAAGCUCGACGAUGAGCAAGAGUACGAGUGUGAGGGAAGGCAUCGCAUACCCAAGCUGGGAAAGAAGAGAUCCGCCUCCUAUCGCCCUGGUGAACGUGCGCGGGAUGCUCGUCUGCAGAAGCCACAAAACUCGGACGAGAUUGGGGCGAAGCUGAAGGAGGAGCUGUGCAAGUACAAGCAGGAGCUGCAGGAGUACAACGAGACGACCAAGGAUCUGGAGGAGAAGUACAUGAAGAUCAACUACCAGCUGAGCGGACUGCAGCAGCAGCACGACCAGUUUGUGGCCACGCGUGGCAGCAGCUCCGACCAGGAGGACGAGGAGGAGGAGAUGGACGGCGUGGCUGAUGUCUACAACUACAAGUCCUCGACCAGCAUUGCCUCCAAUGUGUCCCUGGAGCAGAGCAGCAGCAAGAUCUUUCGCAGCAGCAGCAGCUUCAUGACUGUCCUGGAGGCGCCCAACUCCUAUGAGGAUCUGCACCAGAAGAAGCAGAAGCUGUACCCCAGGGAGAAGCACUCCCCGUCGAAGAAGAUGAGUCUGUCCGAUCAGGUGAGCGGCGAGUACAGCAGCCACAUUGUGGAGACGCUGGCAAGUCGCCAGGCCAGGCGUCGCCAGCGUUCGAUAAGGGAGCAGGACGAGGACGAGGACGAGGACGAUGACGAUCUGGAGGAUCAAGAGAACCAGCCCGCUUCGAUCAAGGAUGUCUACAAGGUGCUCAAAGACGUGAUGAAUACCUCUCAGGAUCAUCACAAGUACAAGCAGGAGCGGGGGCAUCCAAGGGAGCGCGAAGGCAGCUCCACGCGUGAGCUCUACACGACCAUCAACAGCCUGAAGACCGAGCAGGGACAAUAUCGCAACAUCAUACGACAGCAAAAGGAUCGACUGUCCGACUACCAUUCGAGGUGUGUCAAGGCGCAGGAGAUCAUGAAGACGCAGAAGCACGAGAUCGACAAGCUGCACGUCAACAACAAGCAGCUGGAGUCGAGCAUCUACCACGACAUCGACUCACUCCGCUCGAAGAUCGAUGUGAAGCUGAAGCACAUCUCGCACCUGCCGCAGCUGAUGCGGGAGGAGCACAGCAAGUACGAGAAGGCCGUGCGGGAGAACUGCAAGCUGGUGGACAAGCUGCGAGUGCUGCACCAGGAGGCCAAUCAGCUGAAGCUGAAGAUCGACGAGCUGGGGCGCCGCAAGCUGGUGACCAUCAACCGCCUGAAGGCUGCCGAGCGUGACCUGAAGAUCUUCAAGAACUACAAUGCAGCCCUCAAGACGGAGAAGCGACGCCUGUCCGAGGAGCUGAGCAGCGUCAAGCAGCAGCUGGAGUCGCUGCAGUCGGCCAGCAAGCGGCAAAUGUGCCGCCAUCGAGAGCAGAGCGAGAAGCAGCGCCGCGAGCUGCAGAAGCGCAUCUUCGACCUCGAGCUGAAGCUCAGCCGCAGCCAGAAUUCCACCUCGAGCUUGAUCCAAGAGCGCGACAGUCUCAUUGCCGAGCUGCAGGCCCAGCUGCACACGUUGGUGCACAACUUUGAGGUCUCCCAGAAACACAUUCGCGUGCUGCGACGACACAUCUACUCCAUGACAUCGGGUGGCACCAGCAGCGGCAUAAGCGGCAGUGGAGGAAUUGGUGGCCCCGCCAGUGCCGGCAUUGGCUCGGUUCGGCCCAACGAGUCUUCGGGCAUUGGUCGGGCCAAUCAAAGUUCCCAGGGAUCCAGCGCCGGACGCAGUAAUCCACGCAUGAUGCUAAUGAAGGCCAAGACCUAAGCAACUUGAAGAUAUGGCUCACACCCUCUAGAGGAAAUGGAGACCGAGGGCUUGCGAUGCAUAUAAUCAAGUUGUUUGGGUCUUACACUU